AGUCCUGAUGCCACCGAUGAGGAGUUGAGCCAGGCGAUGGGCAGCCUGGGUGUGGACCUGGGGCUGGCUGAGGGUGGUGCUGAGGCAGAGGGCUCCUUCCUGCCCAUCAUGCAGACCAUCAUGCAGAACCUCCUGUCCAAGGACAUCUUGUACCCCUCGCUGAAGGAGAUCACUGACAAGUACCCGGAUUGGCUGGCUGCCCACCGGGACGCCCUGCCCAAGGAGGAGUUUCAGCGGUACGAGCAGCAGCACACCAUCAUGGGCAGGAUCUGCCGGCACUUCGAGGCCGAGGGAGACAGCGGGCCGGAGCAGCAGCGAGCUCACUUCGAGACCAUCCUCGAGCUCAUGCAGCAGCUCCAGGAUCUCGGUGACCCACCAAAGGAGCUGGCGGAGAUGCCUCCUGGCCUGAACUUUGACCUGGAUGGAAUGAGCCUCCCGGAGAACAUGGUGGCGGGCCCCGAGCAGUGUGCGGUCAUGUGACAGGCUGAGAGCCAAUCUUGUUUCAGAUUCUCCAUCCCUUCCCUUCCUCUUCCCUCCCUCCACGCUACGCCCCCAACUCCGGGGGGAACCGGGGGCCGUGCCAUUCCCAAGAUGGCAGUGGAGGGUCGUUUGUUUGUACAGGGAGCUGUUGGACUGUGGGGUGCGGCGUAUCGAAGGGUUCCUCUCUGCUCUUCACGUUUCCCACUGGACGCCCUCAGGCCAGGGAUUGGGAGACCGAGCAGUGGGUUCUCUGGGAAUGUUCUCCCUCCCCCCAUCUCCCCGUGCCCCCGGAAGAUUCCCACCUUGUCUGCUGCUCCAGCUCGCCUUACCCUGCGCUGGGUCUGCGUCGGUGUACAGUCUCUGUCCAGCGGUGGACUGGGUUUGUGUAAUUAACUCCUGAUCAACGUUAAAAGUGAUUUAAUUCAA